AUGAGGGUUCAAGAUCUAGUUGAGGAAUUCUCUGCGUUCCAGCAAAAAGUGGAUGCUCGUCUGAAUGACAAUCAUUCCCAGCUGCUUCGAGUCGAAACCAGGUUAGAUGAUUACCAGAACCAAAUGGCAUUAAUUGUGACUCAAUUGCAGCAGUUAUAUAACAUUGUUUUAGCGAUUGAUACAUGUUCGAGUGACCCACAUCGUCGCAAUCCACAUUUCGAUGCAACAUCUUCUUUGAAUACUUUGCAUGGGGAAUCUUCUGAUGUCCGCAAUUUAUCCAAGAUCUCAGAAGAAUUCAAAGUGCCUCUUGCAGGCUUGCGUAUGGAAGGAAUAGCUGCUGCUUGGUAUCAAUGGAUGUAUAACAGUGGGUUGAUUCGUUCUUGGAAUGAUCUUACGCAAGGUUAUCUCUUCAUAGUGGAUCGUUGGGUGCUGGAGCUGAUUGAUUUGAGUCUUGUGUUAGGAAUGCCUUGGUUGGAGAAGUUGGAAAGAGUGACACAUGAUUACAUGAGUAGGUCCAUGGAAUUUUGUUGGAAUGGACAGAAGGUGAUCUUAGAAGGGUCAGUGAAUCUUGCAGAGCAAAAUUUGAUGAUAGAGGAGGAAGAAACUGAGGCUGUUACUUGCUUUGCUUUCAUUCAAAAUAGAGAUGAGAGUAUAAAGGCUCCUGCACCAGAAUUAUUGGCAUUGAAAAAAGUGGUAUAUGAUAUUAUUUGGCAAGUUUUGCUGCAGUAUCAGGCUGUGUUUCAAUCUCCUUAUGAACUACCUACAUUCAGAGGAUUAGAUCAUGAAAUUCACUUGGUUGAAGGCUCCAAACCUGUGAAUAAAAGCAAGAUCAUUAAGGAUAGGUUUCCUAUUCCUACUAUUGAUGAACUCCUUGAUGAAUUGGGAGGUGCCAAGGUGUUUAGCAAGCUAGAUUUGAGGGCUGGGUAUCACCAAAUCAGAGUUUUACCUCAAGAUGUUCCAAAGACAACCUUUAGAACAUAUGAGGGUCAUUAUGAGUUCUUGGUUAUGCCUUUUGGCUCGACCAAUGCUCCUGCAACAUUUCAGGCAGCCAUGAAUCACUUAUUCAGACCAUAUCUUCGGAGAUUCAUCAUAGUUUUCUUCGAUGAUAUCUUGGUGUUUAGUAGAACAAUAGAUGAACAUGUGGAACAUUUAAAAAUUGCUCUAGGCAAUCUGCAACUGGAUAAGUUCCUUGGGAAGUUAUUUAAAUGCUCCUUCGAUACAACUUCCAUUGAUUAUUUGGGACAUGUGGUAUCUGGAGAAGGGGUGCAUGCUGAUCCCAAGAAAAUUAAAGCCAUGGUUGAUUGGCAUACUCCUUACAAUAUGAAGCAACUUCGCGGGUUCCUUGUGUUGACAGGUUAUUAUCGAAGUGGAAUAGGAGCUAUGUUGUUGCAACAUGAACGUCCUCUAGCUUUUUUCAGUAAGAAGCUGGACAUUAGGAUGGAAAAUGCUUUAGUAUAUGUGAGGGAACUUUAUGCCAUCGCAGCUGCAGUGGGCCGCAACAAUUUGGUGGCUGAUGCUCUGUCUAGGGGGUAUGAGGAGGGUGGUCUCAAUGUGAUGGUCUCUCAACCAAUAUUUAGUAUCUUGGAGGAGGUCAAAAGGCAGAAUUCUAAAGAUCCAUAUCUGCUUCAACAUCAUCAGAAAUGGUUGACAAAUCCUGGGGCUGAUAAGAAUUUGUCAGUUAAAGAUGGAAUUCUUUUCCACAACAAUAGAAGAGACGUGAAGGAGUUUGUUAGCAAAUGUGGGGUAUGCCAACAGGUUAAAUACGAAGCAUCUAAGCCUGGUGGGCUGUUACAGCCUUUGCCAAUACCGGAGGGCAUCUUUGAGGACCUAACUAUGGAUUUCAUAGUUGGAUUACCACCGUCCAAUGGGUACACCACCAUUUUGGUAAUAGUGGAUAGGCUUUCUAAAUUUGCUUACUUUAGCAAAUUGCCUCGUUCAUUUACUGCAGCUGUGGUUGCCAAGCUCUUCUGUGAGUUGGUGGUCCACGUUCAUGGGUUCCCUCGGUCUAUAGGCUCUAACAGAGACCCUAUCUUUGUGAGCCAGUUUUGGUCUCAAUUGUUCAAACUAAGUGGAACGACCUUACAUACCUCUACAGCUUAUCAUCCUCAAUCGGAUGAGCAGACUGAGGUAACAAACCGUUACUUGGAGCAGUAUUUGCGUUGUUUCUGCAACAAGAAACCUCAAAGUUGGUCAGCUUUCAUUAGAUGGGCUCAGUUUCAUUACAAUUCCAGUGUACACUCAAGCAUUGGCAUGAGUUCGCAUCAAGUAGUUUUCGGUAAGUGUCCAAUAUUGAUUCCCCAUUAUCCUCGUGGGUUAGUGAAAGUUGAAGCUGUGGAUUCCUUGCUGGUGCAGCGAGAUGAAAUCCUUUCUCGUCUCAAGAUGCAUAUGUAG